AUGCGUCUCACAUUGGCCGUCGUUUCCAUCGUCACGCUCGCUCUCCAAGCGUCCGCUCUUGCUCAUCCCGAGCCCAAUAAGCUCGUUGCGCGUCAAGUCCAAGUCCCUAAUGACUACCUCGACAACAUCCCUGCUCAUUGCAGGGAUGACUGUGACGACAUCACUCGCACUGUCGAUCGAUGCAGGAGUCUGAGCGGCAAUGAGGCUAGAGAUUGCACGUGUCGCGAAGAUACGCUCGAAGACUAUGAGGAAUGUCUCCCUUGUGUCCUCGCUGCCGAUUCCUCGCUGUCCAAUCAACAAGUCCGAACCCAAGUGCGCAAUACUCUGAAUGACCUCCUUGACUCGUGCAGUGCAGCAGGUCGCCCCGUCAACGACUUCGACUUCGAUGACGACGACUACGAUGAUGACGACGACGACGUGUUCGAAAACCGCCCCACUGGCUCCAACACCGGUACGCCCGCUUCUGGGACCAGCGUUCCCUCCCCCAGACCCACUAAUGGUGAGGAUACAGGAGGCGCUAUCUCCUUUACACGUGGUGGUGUUGGCCUCCGGGCGGCCGUCGGUGCUGGAAUAGGGGCCCUUCUUGCCUUUUAAUUAGUUUGAAUUACGAUAUGUUCAAUCGAGCAGUAAUCUUCUCGUUGCCUAAUUUUUUGUGUAGCUUCAUAUGGAAUCAUCGCAUAUCCUCAUUCUGCCA